AUGCCCACCAACAAAGGUUUCCAAGCAGGCCCUUCCCAUGAACCUUCUUUCAGAUCAACUGUGAUAGUGAAUGAUGUUAGAUAUGAUUAUUUGCUUGGGUUUUUCAAUUGUAAGGCAGCUGAGCAGUUAGCUGUUGAAGUUGCUCUGUUGGAAUUAGCUAAAUCUUCUGAAACUAAUCAAAGCAUCUCUCAGCCUAUUCAUGAAACAGGAUUAUACAAAAAUCUAAUUCAAGAUUAUGCUCAAAAGAUGAAUUACGCAAUUCCAAUAUAUAAGUGUCAAAAUGAUGAAGGCCAAGUACCACUUUUUUCGUGUACUAUUGAGAUAGGGGGGACCAAACCUGUCAAUGAUAUCGAGGAGGCUGCAAAUCCUCCAAAGGCAAAGAAAGCUCGAUUUGAAAAUAGAAUGUUGAAAAAGAAACUUUAUGGAGACAAGAUAGGCAUCUGA